AUGGAAAAGGCACUCAGCAUUUGGAUUGAUGAUAGCUGUCAAAAAAGAAUUCCAUUGGAUGAUAACAUCAUUAAGCAAAAAGCACUUAAAAUUUACAAACACCUUAAAGAACAUGGAGAAUCUUUUGUCAACCCAGAUUUUGUGGCAAGUAAAGAAGAGCAAGGACAUACAGCGCAUCAAGUUUUCAAUGCCGACGAAACUGGGCUUUGGUGGGAAAAAAUGCCCAGUAGAACCUUUAUAGCGAAAAGAGAAAAGACUGCACCCGGAUUUAAGGUGUCUAAAGAUCGUAUAACGCUACUUUUGUGCAAUAAUGCUCCAUGUCACCCACAAGAUUUGAGUCAUCCCAACGUCAAAAUAGUGUUCCUACCACCUAACACUACUUCGUUGCUCCAACCAUUGGAUCAAGAUAAUGCUCCAUGUCACCCACAAGAUUUGAGUCAUCCCAACGUCAAAAUAGUGUUCCUACCACCUAACACUACUUCGUUGCUCCAACCAUUAGAUCAAGACGUAACCGAUUCGAAAUCAAUUAAUGUAAUGGAAGCUUGGAAGCAAUUUUCAAUUAAGCACAGCAUCGACAUCAUAUCUUUGUCGCUGAAAGUACUAAAAACAUCAACGUUAAAUGCAUGUUGGAAGAAGAUAUGGCCAUCUUCAGUUGAAAUAGAAAACGUGCUUGAAUCGUCAGAAAAUGAAAUUGGUGGCAUAUUAGAACUUGCUAAAUCGAUCGGAGGCGAAGGCUUUGUGGAUAUGGCUAUUGAGGACGUUCAAGACUUAUUAGUGGAAGAAGAAGUUGACGAAGCGGAUUUGAUGGAAAUGGCAUCCGAAGUUGGAAAUCAAAUCGAUUCUGAGGACAAUAGCACUGCUGAAGAUUGUGAAGUUAAUAAUUUAACAUUAAAAAAAUUAAAAGAGGGCCUAAGCUUAGCUGAAAAUCUUGAAUCAGUUUUCUUGAAUGCAGACCCUUCUAAUACCAUGAAAUCUACAAUGACCUUGUAA